CUGAAUCAUACUUUGUCUUCUUCCUUCAUGGAGCUGUCUCACUAGAUGAAAUUGAAGUAGAAGAAUAAAGUCGACGGAUAUUUACCAAAUAUUAUUCUGUUCCAGUAUUCCUAUAGUUUUUUUUAUUGUAUAAAUAACAUGGCUUAUUUUAAUUAUAUAUAAAUUUAUCAAGUGAUGAUUAAGCAAAUUUAGGGUCUUUAAAAAUUGUCUAUUUAAUCGUUUUGUUUUAGAGGAUACAUUUGUAGCUUUUUGGGAACACCCAAUUAUUGUAUAUGAUUGAGUCUAUCAUUUCUAUCAUUUUCAUUAAUUACUUUUGUUAAGAUUCAGUUCUUCAGAAAAAUUGGAAGCUCGAAAUUGACGAAGAAUGUUUGAAGCAACUGUUCUUUCAUCUUCUGAGGAUGAAAAUGAAGAAGUCUACCAUCUAGAAACUGAGGUUAUAACUGUUAGAGUUCCAGGAGUGGCCAUGAAGUCGGGGAAAAAAUGUAAAAGUCAAUUUGUUAUUACUGCUCAAACUCUUCUUCCACAUGAUGCAGCGCGUCUUCCAGAGGGUGAAGUUAUAGUUGCCAAAGAGGAUCGGAAUUUUUACGUUGGUAACAAAAGAGUGGAAGUGUUAAAAAGGAUCCCAGCAGAAGUAUUCGCAUUAGACGAUCAAAUAGUACCAGCAGUACCAGCACAAGAUCAAGUCAUAGAAGCUACAGAACCUAUGAACGAUGAGAAAGCUGCAGAUGUACAUGUGCAAGAAGAAAGGAGACUGCCAGAGUCAGAAAAAGAGAAAAAAGAGGAUCAUAGUGAUAUUGUUGGGCUGUUCAGAGAGCAGUUUCCUAUUGCAGAACAGAUAUUUCAACACGAUGAGGACAGUAAACAGCUUAUGAUAAAUAAUGCUAAGGUUCAGGAAAACAACAUAAAGGUUUUCAAACGAACCAAGCAAGCAAUUGUGGACCGAGCCAUAGUCGAGGUUCACAGACUCUGGACGUACAACACGACUUCCUUACCAACACAAAGAUUUUGGUCGGCAAUUCUGAAAGUUCUCGAAUGUAUCUACCCAAAUAUGUUUCAAAUAGAUGGAGUCAUCCUGUUGGAGGGCGGGCAAAUCUUUUGUCCCCCUAUUGUAAAGAAGGCAAAUCUUCCCGUGAUGAUGUACAGAAAGGGAAAUUAA